CACAAGGUCCGACUAGUCGCGCGCGGCCUUCGCGGCCAACAGUGAUGACGUCAGCGAGAGUCCGCCCACCCGCCGCAGACCCAUUUCCGAGCUGCCCCAGAACAUGAGAAUCUUAUGGAAGACAUUUGGAUUCUCAAGAAGACUUCUGCAAGUAGAAUGGUGUCACCCCAGUGAGUCAGUAUCUUUGAUUGUACUGACAAGAAGGACAUUGGUACCGAGGCUUAGGAAAGCACCUAGUAAUUUUUCGUUGUGUCAGAGACAAGGAUUCUCAACCAUGCCAGAAAUAGAAGCAAGUAUGAGAGAUGCUGAAUUGUUUUCACCACCCUCUGAUGUUCGAGGAAUGACAGAACUUGACAGAGAAGCUUUUAAAAAAACAGUGUCCAUCCCAGUGCUUAAAGUGAGGAAAGAAGUUGUCAGCAGGUUGAUGCGAGCCCUCAAGAGAGUGGCCCUGCAUCGCCCAGGCAUAAAGCGAGUGAUUGAGGACCCCGGAGAUGAAGACGGUAGACUAAUCAUGUUGGACCCCUACAAAAUGCUUACCAUUGAGUCCUUUGAGAAAACAGAACUCGCCGUUUUAAAAGAACUUGAUGUUAGCCCACAGCUGUCUGAGUAUAACUUGGAACUAACUUAUGAAAAUUUUAAGUCAGAAGAAAUUUUGAAAGCUGUGCUUCCUGAGGGUCAAGACGUGACCUCUGCGUUCAGCCGGGUUGGACAUAUUGCACACCUGAAUCUCCGAGAUCAUCAGCUACCCUUCAAGCAUUUAAUUGGCCAAGUUUUGAUUGACAAAAACCUAGGAAUCACGUCGGCAGUAAAUAAGACCAGCAGCAUUGACAGUACGUACCGAAAUUUCCAAAUGGAAGUGCUGUCUGGAGAGGAAAACAUGCUCACCAAGGUUCGAGAAAACAGCUACACAUAUGAGUUUGAUUUCUCUAAAGUCUAUUGGAAUCCUCGUCUCUCUACAGAACAUAGCAGGAUCACUGACCUUCUGAAUCCUGGAGAUGUCUUGUUUGAUGUGUUUGCUGGGGUUGGCCCCUUUGCCAUACCAGCAGCAAGGAAAAAUUGCACAGUGUUUGCCAAUGAUCUCAAUCCUGAGUCCCAUAAAUGGCUGUUGCACAAUUGUAAACUGAAUAAAGUUGACCAAAAAGUGAAAGUCUUUAACAUGGAUGGAAAAGACUUCCUCCAAGGACCAGUCAGAGAAGAGUUAAUGCUUCGGCUACAACUGUCAACGGAAGCAAAACCUUCUGUCCACAUUGUCAUGAACUUGCCGGCAAAGGCCGUAGAAUCCCUCCAUGUUUUCAGAUCCCUUCUGGAUGGGCAGCCGUGCAGCAGGGAGCUCCUCCCCACAGUGCACUGCUACUCUUUCUCCAGAGACGCCGACCCUGCCCAGGAUGUCCGUCAGCGAGCUGGGGCUGAGCUAGGCAUUUCCUUGGAGGAGAGUAGUUCCAUCCACCUGGUGAGAAACGUGGCCCCUAACAAGAAAAUGUUGUGCAUCACUUUCCGGGUUCCCGCUGCUAUACUCUACAAGGACCCGCCUCUCAGUCUAGAGAAUUACGAAGAGCCAUCUCCUAAACGGCCGAGGACGAGUGCUUCCUUCUCAGAAGAGCCUCAAAUUGUAUCAGAUUUAGUCUGAAAUGCCUUCUCCACCUCCCCCAUAGCUUUUAUGUAAAGAAGUACAUUUGUAUGGUUUUGUAAACUUUAGCAAUCAGGUAUUUGUUAUCGCGCCCUUAUGUUUCACUCUUAUGAAUGGAAUAUUACCAAAGUAAAAUUUAACUGAAAUAGGCUGACCAUGUGUAGGAUACAGACUGUUUUGUGUUUCUAUUGUUUUUUUUCUUUUUAUGUAUUAUUUUUUGGCAAGGUCUGUGUAACCCAGGGCAUGAAAAUCUGUCUUCCUGCUUCAGCCUCACAGUUGUUGGAAUUUCAGGCACACACUGCCAUUAUCCAGCAUACUUAUAAAGUAGAAUUGGUAUAGACCAGUAAGACAGCUCAUUGGUAAAGGCACUUGCUACCUACCUCAUGACCUGAAUUUGAUCAUCCAACAUGGUGAAAGGAGAAAGUCCUGAAAGUUUUUCUCUGACUUCACCAAGGCACUCUGCAUACACAUAUGCAAAAUAAGGAACAAAUUAACAAAUUUUAAAAAUCUAAAUUAUAUAAUGAUUUUAUAAUCCAAGUUAUAUCUAUUUUUAUUACAUAAAUGUCUGUCCUUUGGAAAAAUAGGGUUUUGGUUUGUUUGUUUGUUUGUUUUCCAAAACAGGGUUUCUCUGUGUAACAACCCCGGCUGUCCUGGACUCACUUUGUAGAACAGGCUAGCCUUGAACUCACAGAGAUCUACCUGCCUCUGUUGGGAGUAAAGGCAUGCAUCACCAUGCCUGCCUGGAAAGAUAGUUUUUGUAGAUAGAGUGAUUAUAUUCUAUUUAACUAGGAAGGCAUUUAACUACAUUGUAGUUGGUAGUGGAGGAAUAUAAUUAUAUAACUUUUGUACCAAUUAGCAGUAUAAAAGUAAUACAAAAUUAGUUUAUUUAGAUGAGGACUAGGAAAACCACAUCUUCCAGGCUAAGUCUGGCAUAACAGCCUGUGACAUAAGGAUUUUCUUUCAAGUGACUAAAAAAUAAUAACAUUUUGCUGUAGAGGAACUUUAAUUCAGAACAUGGCUGCUCUAGCAAGAGGUCAUAUGCAAAGACCUAGGUCUGUGUGAUCCUGCUGGAAUACAAACAUGCCUUUGAUCCAGGAGACAGGCUAGGAGAUCUGAGUUCAACGCCAGCCUAGUAUAGAACAAGUUUCAGGUAAAGAAAAGCUUAAAUCCAGGCAUGGUGGUACAUGUCUUUAAUCCCAGACAAUGAAGGUUUGUAGAAGAAAGUACCCAUGUUUGAAAGUGAUGCCUGAGUAGCAGAAAUGGUGAAAAAUCAGAGAAAGAUUUGACAGAAUAGGAUACACCCAACUCUUAGGAGAAGAGAGAAAAGGAAGCUACUUAAGGGGAAAUGAGAGCAAGAGGGGAGGCUGUUUUACUGGGACAGUAAUGCAGGUUGCAGUGAGCGAACUCAGGUGAAGACAAAGAAUGAGAAGGAGCGAGGAGAUUAGAGUAGGUUGCUGGAGUUAGUUUAGGCCAAGUAGAGCAAUUUAGGAGCUGAGAGAAAAGCCAGAUUGAAUAAGUCAGCUGGGAGAGGCGUUUGAGCCAGAACAGCUGAGUUGAACCAGCCAGCCAGAGCUCAGUAAGAAUGAGUAAGGGUGAGCUUAUUUAGGCAGUAAUUUUCAGGGGCUGAAAACAUUCCAGGCCUAGGUUAGAUUGUACAGAGGCUAGAAGCUUUUAGGACUAGGCCUAGGUUAGCAGUCACAGGCAGGAAGCCUUUGAGACAACAACGGAACCAGGCAAAUAAAAGUUCUUUUUACAUAUUGUGACAUGGAACUUAAAUAAAAUUUGAGUUUUAGGGUUUUGGUGUGCAUGAAGUUUGAUUGGCACCUGCCCUCCCUCUUAGUUUUCAUACUGUCUACAGCUGCUCAUGUGAUGGACAGCAAAGUGGCACAAUUGCACCACAGACCUCGAGGCGACUCACGGCCACUCCGCAGCUUGGCCUGCGGUCCCAGGCUGUAACUCAACAGACGGCAUUCUGAAUAUACACACAGUUUGGUUUUGGUUUUGAGACCAGAGUCUCACACUAUAGCUCAGUCUCACCCAGAAUUCACUGCGCAGCCAGGUUUGACUUAGACUCACGGCAACCCUCCUGCCUCAGCUUCCCAGAUGCUAGGUACAGGUGAGUCAUGCCCAG